AUGAAGAGACGAUUCGCUGAUUUAGGUGAUGAACCUGAAUCUGAGAUUGAGUAUCAGUCUCUGCUUGUUUCGAAUUAUCAUCUCGAAGAUGACGAUGACAAACCUGUGUCUUUUUCUGUUUUGCCCAUUCAAUGGAGUGAUUCCGAGGUUUCGAAUGUUGAUGGCAACAGAGGGAAGAUAUUCCUGCAUGGAUCUUCUGAUAGUGGAUUGCAGAAGAUUUUCAUGCAGGUUACUGCUUGGAAGUUUGAUCUUUCUGGUUUGAAACCUGAGGUGUCCUUGCUAUCAAAGGAUGGAAGGUGGAUUAAGCUUCAGAAGCCGCGAAAAAGCUUUCAGGAUACUGUUAAAACUGUUUUAAUUACGCUUUACUUUCUUCAUUGUGUUAAGAGAAAACCUCGAUUGUCUACUGAUUCUUUUUGGAGUAACUUGUGUAAGGAUAGAGAUUUGAGCUCUUAUGGGUUUAAACCUUCGCACAAGGAUUUACUGGAUCAUAUGCCCUUGAUUGGUGAAGCUACCAGAAGACAUGUUGUCUUGGCUCGGUCUAAGCUUUUGCUCACAGUUUUAGGGGACAAGCCAGAGUAUCAAAAAGUAUCUUAUGAGGAAUUUGAAGAUUUGCCACAACCUGGGUUUACAGAUGAUGAUACUGACAAUGACAUCGUCAAAGAAACUGAUGAAGACUCAAAAGUAGAGGAUGAUUUGUUUGAUUCUGUUUGUGCAAUGUGUGACAAUGGUGGUGAUCUUAUAAUGUGUGAUGGAGCAUGCAUGAGGUCAUUUCAUGCUACUAAGGCAGAUGGUAGGGAAUCUAUGUGUGAUUCUCUUGGUUUUACAAAGAAGCAAGUUGAUGAUAUUGAGACAUUUUAUUGUAAAAAUUGCGAAUAUCGUCAGCAUCAGUGCUUUGCAUGUGGCGAGCUGGGUUCUUCUGAUAAAGAUAAGGGUCCUGAGGUCUUUAAAUGUGCUUCUGAAACAUGUGACCGUUUCUACCAUCCACAUUGUGUCGCAAAGUUACUUCCCCCUGAGAAACAUAUCUCAGAGGGGAAACCCUUUACAUGUCCAAUUCAUUUUUGUUGUGUCUGUAAAGGAUUGGAGAAUAAGAUGGAACAUGAGUUGCAAUUUGGAGUUUGUAACCGAUGUCCAAAGUCAUAUCAUCGCAAAUGUUUGCCAAUAGGGAUUGCUUUUGACAUCGAUGGUGUUGAAACAAGGGCUUGGGAAGGUCUUUUGCCAAACAAUCGCAUUCUUAUCUAUUGCUUAAAUCAUGAGAUCAUUGAUACACUUGGGACUCCUGUAAGAGAUCAUGUAAAAUUCCCCAAAAUUGGAGCUAGUGUUCGGGAAAAUAAUAUUUCUAAUAAGAGAAUGAAGCCUACAACUAAAGAGAGAGUUAUAUUGGAGAACAAUGUUGGCAUUGCUAAAUCAUCUGGGAAGAGCACUGCAAAUCACAAGAUCGAUGAUAAGCUUGAAACCCAUGUAAAGGAUUAUAUAAAAUUCCCCGUCACUAAAGCUAGUGUUCGGGAAGUUAAUACCUCUAAUAAGAGGAUGAAGCCUACAACUAAAGAGAGAGUUAUAUUGGAGAACAAUGUUGGUUUUGUUAAAUCAUCUGGGAAGAGCACUGCAAAUCAUGAGAUCAAUGAGAAGCUUGGGAAUCCUGUAAAAGAUCAUAUAAAACUCCCUGAUGCUAAAGCUAGUGUUCCGGAAAUUAAUACAUCUAGUAAGUGGUUCAAACCUACAACUAAAGAGAGAGUUAUAUUGGAAAACAAUGCUGGUUUUGUUAAAUCACCGGGGAAGAGCACUGCAGCAGGAUCUAAAGUAACUAAGGAGACAGUGUUGUCUUUGAUGAACAAUGUUGGCUUUGAUGAAUCAUCUGGGAAGAGCACUGCAACAGAAUCUAAAGUAACUAAAGAGACAGUUACAUUGGAGAACAAUAAAGAGACUGUUACAUUGGAGAACAAUGCUGGCUUUGAUAAAUCAUCUGGGAAGAGCACUGCAUCAGGAUCUAAAGCAACUAAAGAGAGAGUUGCAUUGGAAAACAAUGUUGGUUUUAAUAAAUCAUCUGGGAAGAGCACUGCAGCAGGAUCUAAAGUAACUAAAAAGACAGCUACAUUGGAGAAUAAUGUUGGCUUUGUUAAAUCAUCUGGGAAGAGCACUGCAGCAGGAUCUAAAGUAACUAUAAAAAAGACAGCUACAUUGGAGAACAGUGUUGGCUCUGUUAAUUCAUCUGGGAAGAGCACUGCAGCAGGUUCUAAAGCAACUACAGAGAGAGGUGCAUUGGAGAACAGUGUUGACUUGGUUAAAUCAUCUGGGAAGAGCACUGCAGCAGGAUCUAAAGCAACUACAGAGAGAGGUGCAUUGGAGAACAAUGUUGACUUGGUUAAAUCAUCUGGGAAGAGCACUGCAGCAGGAUCUAAAGCAACUACAGAGAGAGUUGCAUUGGAUAACAAUGUUGACUUGGUUAAAUCAUCUGGGAAGAGCACUGCAGCAGGAUCCAAAGGGACUGGACGUCUGCCUUUAAAUAAACCAAAAUCAAAUGAAACAUCCAGAAGAGUUUCGACUGAAAAUAAGAACUCAGUCUCAAACCUAAUUGACCAGAAAUUGAAUGCUUCUAUGAGUAAAGGUUUUAAACCAAGCCAGCAUGACAAUCAGGUCGAUGAUGCAGAUAAUGGAACACUGUCAAUCCAGCCUUUAAGAACUACAUUGCCUCCAGCUCCUAUGAGUAAAGGUUUAAAACAAAGCAAGCAGCUUGAUGAUGCAGAUAAUCAAACCUCGUCAAUCAAGCCUAUUAGAAGUGUAUUGUCUCCACUGGAUGCUGAUUCAGAGAAAGGUUUGGUGGAUUCAUUUAAAGAAGCCAGAUCCUCAAUAUUGUUGGAGGGUGUGGUAGGAAAGCAAAAAUUGGGAGAUGUUGAGGACAAGCUGGUGCUGAAUCAUGAUCUCCCAGAGUCAACUGAUAUUCAAGAAGAACAAGCAUGUAUAAAUGAAAGUGAGAAAAGAAGCUUACGGCAUGGUAGUCUUGAAGAGGAGAGUGAUAAGAAACAGGAGUUUAAGAUUAUCCCGACUUGGAAGACGUCUGCGAAGAGAACACAAGUUAAGAAAAAUGAUAGAAGAGAACUGGGUGUGUCAUCACAAUUGUUUAAAGAAAAAGGUGCGGUCUCAAAAGCCAAAACCAAAACACGGCCUGUAAAAGAAGUGUCUAGCCAUAAGCGGAAAACUCGUAGUGAGACUAAAAGUUUCCAGACUCCUGAUCGAGUUGUGCCGGCAGGUUUUGCAGCUGGUCCUAACUAUGAAUAUUCACUCCACCAUUCAGCAGGGUGGCUUGAUGAGUAG